CACGGCGGCCGGGCUCGGCGCUCGCGGCGCGGGAUUUCCAGCGCAGCCAGCCGGAGCGGAGCCCGAUGUGGUGCAUGGCUGUGUGGCUGCUGGAGAAGCGGAGGCGGCGGCAGUGCCUGACCCAGCAGCCCUCCCUGGCCCCCAGCAGGGGCAUGGCCGCAUGUUGAGCGCUGUCCGGCGGCGGCCUGAGCGGGGCGGGAGGGAGUCCUGCGCAGCGCCUUGUGUCCGGGGACCCUGGCCGGAGGCGAGCGGCUCUGCUUCCUUCUCCGCGGUUGCGAGGUUAUGCCACUCUCCAAGUUUUCUGGAUGCCUUCACAUGAAAGAGAGAGGUUGAGAUUUGCCCAGACUUGGCAUGACGGUCCUUAGGUCUUGAACCAACAUGGCAGCUGGAGAGUCCUCUCCCAUAGGAGGUGUCUUCGUCAACCUGCAGCAGGACAGCAGUAAUGCUGAGAAGGCCUUUCUCCCUGCCGAGGAUGAUGAGGAUUUGGAUAAGACCUUGUCAAUCAAGAGGUUUGGGGACCUGAUAAGCAAGUCAGCAUCAAGGGAUCUGGAAGAGCAGAGACGCAACUACAGUGAGAGAGAUUUUGAAUUCCAUCGCCAAACCUCCCACCACAUCCACCAUCCCCUUUCCACCCACCUGCCUCCUGCCCUCAAGUUCCAGAAGAGGCUCUUCCAUGCCAGCCGGAGGAAGAGGAGAAAGAGAAAAAAGAAAAAAACCUCCGUGCCCCCCUCAGACAUCACUCCCACCAUCCAGGAAGUGAAGGAGGAGGAAGAGGGGGACGAGGAGGAGGAAGGAGAGUCGGAGGCAGAAGAGGCCCUGGAGAAAGAGGUCUCACCAGAGUCAGAGUCGGAGGCUCAUGAGAAGAAGGACACUCCUAAGCCUGAGCCCCCUAGCAAACCAAAGUUCACUAUUGGGAGUGACGAUGAAUCCUGCGGUGCCUUGGCCUCUGCAUGGUUCCAUGUGGAGAAGGAGUGUGGUGUCAUGUCACCGAUGCCACACCGUGCUGACUUGCUGCAGGAGACGGGCCCGGCCUCUCUUGGCAGCCUCCCGGGGCCCAGAGAAUGUCCAUCUUGGGGAUGGGACAGGCGCAAGCCCUGGAGCCAGGUGGUGAGUGGGCAGAGGGUGAGUUAUGACCUGAAGGAGCGGGUGUGCAUCGGCAGCAUGACCACUCUGGAGAGUGCAGUGUACCAGCGCGUCCCCACCGAUGAGGCCGAGGCCCAGAUGCUGGCGUCUGCUGACCUGGACGACAUGAAAAGCCACCGCUUUGAAGAUAACCCUGGUGUGAGGCGGCAUCUGGUGAAGAAACCAUCUAGGAGCCAGAGCACCAGAACCAGCAGGAAGAUGGUGUCAAUCCCGUCUGUCAAGAAGAAGAAGAAGAAAAAAAAGCUGGACAGGAGGCCCCAUGAGGUGUUUGUGGAGCUGAACGAGUUGGUCAUAGAUAAGAACCAGGAGAUGCACUGGAAGGAGACAGCGCGCUGGAUCAAGUUUGAGGAGGAUGUGGAGGAGGACACAGCACGGUGGGGGAAGCCUCACGUAGCCUCACUAUCCUUCCGCAGCCUGCUGGAGCUCAGGAAGACCAUUGCUCACGGUGCUGUGCUGCUGGACUUGGAGCAAACCACCCUUCCUGGCAUCGCUCACCUUGUGGUGGAGACCAUGAUUAUCUCCGACCAGAUCAAAGGGGACGACAGAGCCAACGUGCUGCGUGCCCUUCUGCUCAAGCACAGUCACCCCAAUGAUGAGAAGGAGGGGUUCUUCCCCCGAAACCACUCCAGCUCCAGUAUGAAUUCGAUAGCGGGGAACCACCAUCACAACCACAACCACACGGCCGACACGUGCAUGGCCCUGAUGGGUGAGGAGCGCAUUGAGAUGCUGGACCCCAGAGCCCAGGACUCGGAGUGCAAAGAGAAAAAUCUGCAUCUCCACAGUUCCGAGGGGCAUCGCGGCAAAUAUCUGAAACUGAUGGAGAAGAUUCCUGAAGAUGCUGAGGCAUCUGUGGUCCUUGUGGGCUGUGUGCAGUUCCUUGAACAGCCCACUAUGGCUUUUGUCCGGCUGAAUGAGGCUGUCUUCCUGGAAUCUGUCCUGGAGGUCCCAAUUCCAGUCAGGUUCAUCUUUGUCCUGCUGGGACCCAGUCAGGCCAACGUUGAUUACCAUGAAAUUGGACGGUCCAUUUCUACCCUCAUGUCUGACAAGCUCUUCCACGAGGCUGCGUACAUGGCAGACGACCGCCAGGACCUCCUCAACGCCAUCAACGAAUUCCUGGACUGCAGCAUUGUCAUCCCCCCGUCAGAAGUGGAGGGGAAAGACUUGCUCAGGUCUAUCGCUACUUUCCAGAAAGAGUUACUGAGGAAGAGGAAGGAGAGGGAGCAGAAGAAGUCCACGAAGGAAGGGGUUGUCCAGGAAGCUAAAGAGCUGUGUGAAGUGAAGGCUGAGGAGGAAGAGGAGGGGGAUGCUGAGGACGACCCAUUGAGGCGAACCGGCAUUUGUUUUGGAGGUCUGGUUCAGGACAUAAAGCGCAGGUACCCCAAAUAUCUCAGUGACAUCAGAGACGCCUUGCACAGCCAGUGCCUUGCAGCCGUUCUCUUCAUCUACUUUGCUGCUCUCUCUCCUGCCAUCACCUUCGGGGGACUCCUAGGAGAGAAGACAGAGGGUCUCAUGGGGGUCUCAGAGCUGAUCAUCUCCACCUCAGUUCUGGGGUUCCUGUUCUCCCUGCUUGGAGCUCAGCCGCUCCUUGUCAUCGGUUUCUCGGGGCCCCUUCUCGUGUUUGAAGAAGCUUUUUUCAAGUUCUGCCAGAGCCAAGGCAUCGAGUACCUGACGGGCAGAGUGUGGAUUGGCCUGUGGCUCAUUGUCUUCAUCUUCAUCAUUGUGGCAGCUGAAGGCAGCUUCCUGGUGCGAUACAUCUCGCCCUUCACACAGGAGAUCUUUGCCUUCCUCAUCUCCCUCAUCUUCAUCUACGAAACCUUCUAUAAACUCUACAAGGUCUUUGCAGAGCAUCCUUUGCUGAAGUUUUACCCGCCAAGUUUGCAGAGUGGCUUGAACGCCAGCACGCUCUCUGCUGAUGCCAUGUCUCUGGGAACCAGGAUGCAGCCCAAUACUGCCCUCCUCUCACUCAUCCUCAUGCUGGGUACCUUCUUCAUCGCUUUCUUUAUGCGCAAGUUCAAGAACAGCCGUUUCUUAGGAGGCAAGGCUCGACGGAUCAUUGGAGACUUUGGAAUCCCCAUCUCGAUCCUGGUCAUGGUCUUAGUGGAUUACACCAUCACAGACACGUACACACAGAAGCUGAAUGUUCCCUCUGGGCUCUCAGUCACGUCUCCCCAGAAGCGUGACUGGUUCAUUCACCCCCUGGGCAGCCGACAGGCCUUUCCCAUGUGGAUGAUGUUUGCCUCAGCCAUCCCUGCACUCCUGGUCUUCAUCCUCAUUUUCAUGGAGACCCAGAUCACCACCCUGAUUGUCAGUAAGAAGGAGAGGAAGCUCAUGAAAGGCUCUGGUUUCCAUCUGGACCUGCUGCUCAUUGGCACCAUGGGCGGGCUCUGUGCGCUGUUCGGGCUCCCUUGGCUGACCGCCGCCACCGUGCGCUCGGUCACCCACGUCAAUGCCCUGACGGUCAUGAGCAAGGCCAUCGCUCCGGGGGAGAAGCCGAAGAUCGAGGAGGUGAAGGAGCAGCGUGUGACAGGAGUUGCAAUCGCUGUCCUUGUCGGCUUGUCCAUUGUGAUGGGCAACAUGCUGCGCCGGAUCCCCCUGGCUGUGCUCUUCGGGAUCUUCCUCUACAUGGGGGUCACGUCGCUCACUGGCAUCCAGCUCUACGAGCGUCUCCUCCUCAUCUUCAUGCCAUCCAAGCACCACCCAGACCAUGUCUACGUCGUCAAGGUGAAGACCUGGAGAAUGAACCUCUUCACCUGCAUCCAGCUGGCCUGCAUCGUGGUGCUCUGGGUGGUGAAGUCAACAGUGGCCUCGUUAGCUUUUCCCUUUGUCCUGAUUAUGACGGUGCCCUUACGACGCUUCCUGCUGCCCCGCUUCUUUCAGGACCGGGAGCUCAAAGCCCUGGACUCGGAAGACGCGGAGCCGAACUUUGACGAGGACGGCCGGGACGAGUACAAUGAGAUGCACAUGCCUGUGUGAGCGGCUGCUCCACCCCCUCCCUGUGGAAAGCUGCUCGUUCCCACGCGUUCUCAUUGGCUACGACCCAAUCCAAAUGGCUUGGAACUUACUACACGUCAGAUGUUUUCCUGUCGGGACCAAAGAGCAGCUGUGUCGGAACCCUGGAGGGAGGUGGGCAGGGCCGUUCCUGAUCACCCAUUCAGUGAAAGUGUGAGUCUGUCUCCACCUGUACCCAGCGGGAGACGCUUCUCACAUCCAGAGGUUCUGGAGGGGCCUGCACUGCCUCGGGUCAUGGGUCUCCCUUCCUGGAGAUGGGGGGUUGCAUUGGUAUGUGGGUUAGCAAAGGGGGGCCAGAGCCCCAGUCACGGUGCCCGGCCGGACUCUGCCUGGACUGGGCAAGACUCCAAGAGUUGUCUGCUCUGCCGCCCCCAGCUGGGCUGCCCAGCUCCCUUAGCAGGCACACAAGGGGCUCCUUGCACGACUCCCUGCCAUAGGCUGCUUCGCAUCUCAGACUGCCCUGCCUGGUUUGCUAACAGUGCUCCUGUGCCAUCCUGGGCUGCAGCACGGCCAGGAUUAUGGGAACUCAGGAGCCUGUGUCCAAUCUGCCCCAGGCUCUCUGUGCUACUGGCCAUGCACCUGUGUCCCAGCAGCAGGCAGUUUCCCUGUGGAUAGGCAGGGCCUCAAGGAGUUCAAGUCCCAUUCCCCUGCCUGUCGGAGCCCAGUCCCUGCUGAUCACUCCAAGCUGUAUUUCUGGGGUGGCGGGGUCUGAGGUCAUAGGCAUUGCCGUGGUAACCAGCUGUGAUGUCAGUGUUAAGGCUUGUGAUGUCUGCAGCGGAAGGAGCAGCAGGAGCGGCCGCCUAGAGCAGGCAGGGCUGAGAGGAAGUGACUCCCAUGCAGCAUGCAGCGGGGUUGUAGCCAUGUCAGUCCCAGGAUAUUAGAGACACGAGGUGCAGGACCCGCUUCCGCUGGUGAGAGAGCAGCUUUGGAGCUUGCACCAAGCUCUUCUUCAGGCUGAAAGCUCCUUUCUCACCAACAGGAGCAGGUCCAGUAAAAGAAGUUCCCUCCCCGCCCUUGUCUCCCAGCAGCAGGCAUCCACAGCACGGGUGUUGGGGUCAUCAGAACACACAGCCUCCACCACAGUGACUGGGCCACCCAGGCCCUGGUGACUGGGUUGCUGUGGCCCUCAACCUCUCCUAUCCCCAUACCUGGGCCACCCACAGUGUCUGGAGGCACCUGAUAGCCAGAGCCCCUGGCACCGAGGUCUGUCCCUGGGCAACCCUGAAUGUCUUCCCACCUGGAAGGCCCGAGGUCUCUACAGCUGUCAGGGUCUGAGGCCUCAUGUGGGUCACUGCCUGGGCCCUUCAGUGCCCAGCUCUCCCUGUAGUGCUCACAGCCUGGAGUGGGGUAACCUGGCAGCUGCCAUGGAGCCUGAAGGUCACUGAUACCAAGGCUCGGUGGGACAGGAGGCCCUGUGUGACAAAGCCAGAGAAGGCAGGCACCCGGCUCCUCCACACAGGCAUGAGAGGAAGGGGGACCUUGUGGUGCAGGCACUAGCCUGGGAGUCCUGCCUCCACCAGAACUUCCUGUGGGACCUCAGCAAAGCCACUGACUCUCCCUGCCUCUGUUUCCUAUCUGUGAAAUGGGGCUGAUCCUUCCCUACCUCACAUGUGGGGAUGCUCAUUAUGGUGUGGAAGGCUCAGACACUACAGCGACAAGGCCAUAUGGAUACCCAGCCCUGUGGAGGGGAGCCUUCAGAGCCGGGGACCUGCUCCUGCCGGGCCACAGCCUGGCACACCAACAGCCCCUGUGAUGCCAGUGAAGCCUCUUGGUUAGGAGAUGUGUGUGUCUCUGUGGCUGCGUGUCCUGUCCCUGUGUAGUGUAGGAGGCCUGCUGUUCCUGUGUCCCUGCCAGCCCGGCUGUGCGUUGUGACUCAUCUACCUGUAGUGGAAAUGGCUGCACCAAUAAACCCUUCACAGGAACUGA